UCAAACCAACAUGGCUACCACCUUGCAAUAACGUGAAUGUAAAUAAGCGGCUCACCUCUGAAACGUUAAAUACCGAUAUAUCAUCUGAAAUUGAUCAGUAACUGUUAUUAAUGGCGCUCAGAGUGUGUGGUCGGUUCCUCAGAGACUCCGCCGUCCUUUCCAGACGGGUCGUCGUGUCCGCUCGACAGGAAAGUGCGUCAUGGCUCCUCACAGCGGGAAACGCUGCCUGCAGCCGAGGAGGGAGGAACGGAUUUAUCUUCACUCCUGCGUGUUUUAUUACAUCAGAGGCAUUUCUCAACAGACUGAUGAAAGGCAAAGUAGCAGCAGAGGCAGACGGCAGCUUUUAUCACCCUCCAGCCUCAGUUCCAACGGACAGUGGUGAACACUUGUCAUUGUUGCUAAGAGAUCCAGAUCAGCCGGACAACUCAAAGGUUUUGAAAGUGGCCAUAAUAGGAGCCCCAAAUGCAGGGAAGUCCACACUGUCCAAUCAGCUUCUUGGCAGAAAGGUGUUUGCUGUGUCCAAGAAAGUGCACACUACACGGUCGCGUGCCCUUGGAGUCCUGACAGAGGAUGACACACAGAUUAUUUUACUGGACACACCUGGUCUCACCACUGCAUCAAAGGUCAAAAGACACCACCUGGAGAAGACUUUACUCGUGGAUCCCUGGAACACAGUCAAAGAAGCCGACCUAAUGGUCGUCUUGGUGGAUGUGGCAGACCGAUGGACGUGCAGCAGGCUUGACUUUGAGGUGCUCAAAUGCCUCGCCAUGCACCCUGACAUCCCUGCAGUCCUGGUCCUCAAUAAGGUGGACCUGGUUAAAGCUAAGGACAGACUGCUGGACAUCACAGGACAGUUGACCUGUGGAGUGGUGAAUGGACGCAGAAUGCGAGUCCGGCCGGUGAUCAAGCCUCCAUGGGCUGAAAAGAUGCCAGAGAGGGAUUCAGACUUAUCGCUUAAUGACGAGGAGGAGAACGCGGGGCCCGAGGGCAGCGCUGAGCAGAACUCUGUGCUGAGCAAAGAGCAGCUGAAGGUGCUCAAAAGCCAGCGGGGCUGGCCUCACUUCAAGGAUGUCUUUAUGCUCUGCUCUGUGGACAGUGAGGAUGUGGAGACGCUGAAGAGCUACUUUCUGGUUGCGGCGAAGCCAGGAUCGUGGCAGUACCACAGUGAGGUCCUGACCGACCAGAGUCCAGAGGACGUCUGCCGCAACAUCAUCAGAGAGAAGCUUCUGGAGUAUCUGCCCCAGGAAGUGCCUUAUUCAGUGACACAGUCGGUUGAACUCUGGCAAGACGGAGAAGAUGGUGAGCUGAAUAUUUCUGUGAAACUUCAUGCCAAGAAAGACACUCACAUGAGCAUGGUGAUCGGCACAGCCGGCCAGAUGGUAGCGCGGAUCGCCCGAGAGGCGGGUGAGGACCUGAGCAGCAUCUUUCUGAGGGAAGUAAAGCUGAAGCUCUCAGUCAAGCUGAGGAAGUGAAGAGGACAGAAGGACUUUAAUAGAGAUGAAGCUAACAGCGGAUCCUGCUGGAUGUUAGAUGACUCUAUUUGUAUGUUUCUCCGCAAAGGACAAGACCCAAAGAGUCAAACAGAGGAUAAGAUGUCAUCGUGAGUGAGACGUGGAGCUGUGAGGUGGCACAUAACCACAGCUCCCAGUGAGAUGGACAGAAAGUGUGGUCUACAUGUUGACUUUUGCAUCCUUAGGCUUUGUGCAUCAGUAGCACCCUCAUGCAGAUUUUAAUAUAGAGAUGUUACCUAUAAGGUGUUAUUAUUAUAGAUGUGAAAACCUGUGACGCAUCUGAAUCAGUAAAGUGGAGAAAAUAUGUCAAUUACACAAGCUGCAAAAUAAAUUCAUUGGCAUUUAUUGAGCGAAGAUAUAUUUUAGGCAACAAACAUGACACAGACUCUCAUCAAAUGGAUGUUUUGACACAAGUUUGACAGUGUGUUCAUGGCUGAGCAGGUUUGGCGAGCUGUGAAAAGGCCGAUGGUUUAUCUUUGGCUCUCAGAGCUUUUUACUUGGCGGGCAUCGUGCGCCUAGCGGGACCUGCACAGUCAUGUUCACUCAAAUGUCCCUGAUGUACCAUCCACCCCUGUUCCCUCCACUCCCACAUCACUUUAGCCUUCUCCACUGCCUUUGAAGUGUGGCCAUCCAUCCCUGCGACUAUCACUUUUUGUUCCGCUGCUUUCUUCCCUUUUCUCCUCCCCCCCCCACUCUCCCUCCCUCUGCUUUUUUGGCUCUCAUAAAGCCCAGCUCUGCCCCCGAGGGCUGAAUUGUCUCCCUAAUGGAUGGCAAAAUGGAGCACUAACCUGAUGCUAAAAUGGGUCAGAUAAUGGUGAUUGGAUUCAUUCCUGCUGCCUGUGAGUUAACUCGGCGGUUACUCUAUCCUGGG